CGCUCCUUCCUCAUCUCCACGGCCAUUUCUUCAUCCCUUGUCUCACAAGUCUACGCGUCAAGCCAAUUCUCUUUCUUCGAGCACAGCUCGUGCAAUGCCGGCACAGCGUUUUAUCAACUCACCGACCCCAACCCGCUCACCUCCGAUUUGAAUUGUCACCAGAUGCCCAAUGGGUCGGUCGCGAUCUAUAUCUCUGACAUUGACGAGGGGUGCACGCUGCGCACCUACGACUCAGCAACAUGCAGCCCCUCGACGAUCUCUGGACUCCUCCUGGCCGCUGGGACCUGUUUCUACACCGGCGAAACCGAGCAUAUAGGGUCAUGGCGGGCAGACUGCGUGGGCAUCGCGUACACGGACUCCAACGGCGACGACCACGGCAAUUCAUACUCUUCUGACGCCGGCAACGCCGAGGUGGUGGAUAUCCUCGCGACAGCGACUGGCCCAGUGACCGUGACACAGACAAACGGUGAGAUCACCAAAACCGUCAUUCCGGUAAAGCCAACUUCGUCCACGGCCACGGCGAGCUCGACAGAUGGUGCGGCUGAGGAGAGAGCGUCUGGCUCAGGAACAGCUUCUGCGACGAUGUCAGCGGCGACCACCAGCAUGAGCUCGCUCUCGAGCGCCGGGAGCAGGCAGAAGGGUUUGGUGAUGGGAAUGAGCACUCCAGCCGGGAUUAUGCUGGCGAUUGCCGGCCUUCUCGGC